AUGAGAAAAUAUACGUAAAAAGAAAAAAAACCUUUAUGUUAUGAGCCCUAGGUUUUAGGGGUGUUCAAAACGCAAAGCAGGAGUGCAGGGCUCAACCUGUGAAAAAACAAAGGGCUUUUGCCUAUUUGCCUUAAAGCUCUUCCUGCUUGACGAGCUUCUGACUGUUGAGUCGCUGCGACCGGGAAAGUACGACCGUGCCUCUGCGAAUCUCUGAAUCUCCAUUGAGGUUUGCUCUACCUAUCAGAGAAUCAUGGCUAGCAAAGCUGAAGGUGAUCGAAAGGAACCAAUAAAUGAACAGGCAAUUGUGAAUGCUUACACUGCACUGAGAUCUGAACUGAAUCAAAUUUACUCAAAGAUCACUGAACUUGAAAUGGAAGUAAGCGAGCAUUCCUUGGUCAUUAAUGCCAUUGAACCACUUGACCCAUCCAGGCGGUGCUACCGAAUGAUUGGAGGUGUACUGGUUGAGAGAACCAUCAAAGAGGUCCUGCCUGCUGUCCAGCGCAAUAAAGAGGGAAUUGAAGAGGUUAUCACUAGGCUUAAUGAAGCUUUGGAAAAGAAGAAGAAAGAGAUCGUUGAGUUUGAAUCUAAAUACAAGAUCAGGAUAAGAAAGCCUGAAAAUGAGGUGAAGGAUGAUGGCGGCAAGAAGGAAGGUUCUUCUCAAGGAGUUCUUGUGGGUCCUGCAAGUUCAAGUGAAUGAUAGAUUUUGUAAUUUGUUAUCACCUUUCUGUAGUUUCUCAGUCUUGUUUGAUAAAAAUUGUACUUUUUGUUGUGGUGCACCAGCUGUCGGAUGGGAACUUUUUGAUGAUCAUGAUUGUAGACUGGCUGAUAUUACUGAAACAGAGAUUAUAUGGAUCCUCUUUUGAGUGAGGAGCAACUAUUUAUGGUGAAUUUUUGAAGUACAAGAACAAAAAUGUUUGAGAA